CAGACACAGAAGCGGGUUAACAUGUCUUCGUAAUUUAAGCAUUCUGUUUGUGUUUCUAAUUAAGAACAUACAUCAAUUCUGCAGCUCAGGGCGAGACGCUCCAUGAGCCAUGGAGGGUCCGUCCUCUCGUUUCUCUCACAACCAGGAUGGACCUCCGUGUCCGCCGGGCAGGAGAGCCUCAUGUGACGGUGCAGAGUCUGACCAUGCCCGGGACACCAAAACACACUUUCGCGUGUGUCGCUUCAUUAUGGAGACAGGAGUGAAGCUGGAAAUGCGCUCGGUUCCCGUGGCUACAGCGUGUGUGUUGUACCAUCAUUUCUUUGAGCGUGUCAGCAUCCGUGCGUAUGAACCCUACCUGGUGGCCAUGAGCUGUCUGUACCUGGCCGGCAAAGUGGAGGAGCAGCACCUCAGGACGCGUGACAUAAUCAACGUGAGCCACAGGUAUUUCAACAGCGGCAGCGCCCCUCUAGAAUGUGACAAGGAGUUCUGGGACGUGAGGGACAGCGUGGUGCAGUGUGAGCUCCUCAUCCUCCGACAACUCAACUUCCAAGUUUCCUUUGAACACCCGCACAAGUAUUUACUCCACUAUCUGCCUUCCGUGAAAUCGCUCGUGAACCGCCAUGCGUGGUCUAGAGCUCCCGUUGCUGAGACUUCCUGGGCGUUGCUUAGAGACUGUUACCACGGAGCCAUGUGCAUCCGCCACACACCCCAACACAUCGCCAUAGCGACACUGUACCUCGCACUAAACAGCUACGGAGUGGAGUUACCUGUCGGGGAGAAAGAGUGGUGGCAGGUGCUGUGCGAAGACGUGACGAAAGCAGACAUCGACGCUGUGAUCUCGGACCUUCUCCAACUGUACGACAUGGAGGCCAAGUGUAUCUGAAGGACACACCUACAAGACCUUCACACAGGAGACACACAAGUUUUGUCUACUGUGUAUGUAUGUUUUUCACGUGUGUGUCUGCGUGACAUGAAUGUGUGUGUGCAUAUAGCAGUCUGGGUCCAGGUGCAUUUGUGUCCGUGUGUCCCUGUUUCUGCACGAGAGAGAGAGACAAACACUUUGUAUCGCCCCAGUUAGUCCGUGAGCUGUGACAAAAGCACACCUGCAUUACCAACUCUGGCCACCGUGAGGAGACAUUUGUCACUCUCUGGUCUCUGAUCUCUCUGCAGAAAACUGAUGUGCUCUGGAGUAUUACGUGAGAACCAGCUUUCUCUACAACACAUCCAAUCCCUCAACACCAGUAAUCUGUAUACAUUCCACACACAACAUGUUUUAAUUACAUUUUAAUUUCACACACUUGUUAUGAAUAAUUCUAUCAAAGAUUCCAGCAAAUUUGGGGAAAAAACUUGGAAUAUUGACCACAACUCAAUAUUUAUUUUUCUAUCCUAACACAUUUAAGCGUAGGAUAAUAUCACCAUAUAAUAAAUAUAUAGUGAAGACUAAGUCUGGAUUGUGUGAUUAUAAUACAGAGCACGUUGGUGCAUAAAUCUACAUAAUAAAGAGGAAAAGUGGAUUUCCUUCCUAAUAAAUCUCCUUAAAUCUUUAAGAUGCAUAGCUCAUCUUGACAUUACCUAUUAUUACAUAAAUUGUUCCAAAGUACAUCCAAAUGUGAAUGCCUUCAUUGGCCUAAAAAUCCCUUCAUCAUAAGUGAUAAUGUAUCACAGUGAUUACAGUGAGAUAUUUGGCAGCUCGAGUGCCUCUUGGUUUAUUAAGUCGCUCUUGUUUUUUUUUGUGUCGCUGCUGUUCCCAGAGAUCCUUUCAUGAAUUAGUUGGUGAAGGGAGCAAGCUGAUGAAGAAAUGUGUUAUCUGUUUUAAAUUACUUUUAUUUAGACUGUGUAUCAGUCAACUCCGAAGAUAAUGGUGUAUUUUUUUUUUUCUUAUGGUGAACAAAUCUCAUGAAAAGACCAAAACCAACAAUGAUCUACAACCAAGUACAGUGUGUUCAACAAUCCUCUGUGCCAUAGGGCUUCAUUGUUGUCCACAAACUACUGAAAACACAAUGAGUCACACUGUUGUACCGGAUGCCAUCUUCCUUUAUUAUGACAAACAUGAGUUCUGCAUUUUAUCCAGUCACUUUUAACUCAACCUCCAUCCUGCUGCCAUAAAUACUCAGCAGCACACUAAAUCCUCCACUGAAAAUAGUCCUCAAUAAAUACAUAGUUUACUCAGCUUGAGUAAUACGUGUUAAAAAUACAUUACCAAGCUGUUUCAGGAAAUUAGUUAGCCUUUUUAAAAAAAUUAAACUACAUCCUAAACUAUAUAACAAUGUCCCGUUUUAAAAGAUUUACAUAGAACUAGAGCUAAUGGACUAAUGGAAAGUGUUGAGAAGGACUAACACGUCGCUGCUUUUGUUUUUUUCAUGAGAUUUGUUGAGGACGAGACAAAUAAAGAAUAUACACAAAUUAAUCUUUUCAGACUACGGUUCACUUGCAGAUAAACUCCCAAUUAGCCCAUCUGUGAAUGCACCAGUGUAAAGCUGCAUGGAAAGCCCAGAUAGCCUAGAGGUCACCUGACUCUAUAAUACAGUUAGCCUGUGGAGUGGAGUGUGAAUGUGUGUGUGUUAGGGUUACUUUAGGACUACCUGUUCUCAUGUUUUUUAAUAGGUGAGAAUGUUUUGGAAAGAGUGAAAAGAGACAAAGAUAUGCAACUCUGUCAGCUGUAUGAGUGUUGAACGCUCAGCCAUCACUGCUGUUUAUCGUCAAAAAAAAAAAAAAGUCUGACUUUAACUGUGAACACGAUGUGAAUACUGUUAAAGGC